AGUACUGAACUAUAUCAACAACAAGUUACUAGUAUUGUAUCCGAGGUUAAAGGUGAGAGUAAAAAAAUAAAAAAUGGAGAAAGAUGAUUUUAUAAUAAAAACAGAAGAAACAGACUACGAACCUAAUGAAAAUGGAUUAGGUCACGAAUUAUUUCAUUGUAUGGUUAAGAAUCGAACAAAAAUUGCCCAAUACGUAGAGGAAACUGAAGAAAUUGAUUUUUACGACUCCCUUCUACAAAGAUGUAUUAGAACUGCCAUAACUUUAUUAACAAAAGGAAUAACACAAGACGAUAUUAUUACAAUAUGUAGUGAAAAUCAUAUUAAUACAUGUGUACCAUUUAUAGCUACACAAUUCAUCGGUGCUAAAGUGGCAUCAUUAGAUGUUUGCCUGUCAAGUGCAGAAAUAUCACAUUUACUUAAACAAGUAAAUCCAAAAAUAAUAUUCGUAUCUGAAAAAUCAGUAAAUUUGAUUGAGGAAGCUUUGUAUGAAACAAAAAUUAAUACUGAAUUAGUCGUUUUUGGAGUUUCAAAUAAAUACUCUCAAUUCACAGAAUAUUUAAAGGAGCAAAAGGAUGAAAGUUCCUUCAAACCAAGCCCAAUAAAAACCAAUAAACAAACUGCAGUUAUAUUCUUCAGCAGUGGUACUACUGGAUUACCUAAAGGAAUUUGUAUAAGUCAUUAUAGUAGAAUGAAACAAGUGGUAAAUGAAAUAAAAUUAUGGAACAGUGGAGAUGUAUGUGAUUUGAGUAAUUACUAUUUUAAACCACAAGUUGUGUCAGAUGGAUGCUUAUUAAAUUAUGCUGGUUUAUACUGGAUUUCUAGUGUAGGUCUUUUAGUAAGAGCUGUAUUUACUGGGCAAGCUAGAAUGGUUUGUGGACAAUUUGAUGAAAAUAAAUUUUGGUACAUAUUGGGGAAGUACAAGGUGUCAAGUUUAUUCAUAACACCUGUUAAUCUCAAUAAAUUACGGAUGAACAAAAGGCCUUCUGUUGAUCUUUCAAAUCUGAAAGUUGUUCUAACAGGCAGUUGUCCCAUUUCUGAAACGAUGAUGGUGACAUUGAAAGAUUAUUUUCCCAACAGUGUUAUACUUCAAGGCUAUGGACAAACAGAAUCUAGUGGCAUUUUAAGUUCUAUUGACGUAAGUAAUCGAAUUGAGGUAUUGGAACAACUUAAACAUCCAUUAACAUGUGGGAAACCUGUUCCUGGAGUGUGGUAUAAAGUCGUGGAUCUGGAUACUGAACAGAUAUUGGGUCCUAACCAAAAAGGUGAACUAAGAUAUAAGACCAAGUACGCAAUGAAUGGCUAUCAUAACUUAGAUUCAUCAAUAGCUUACGAUAAGGAUGGUUGGUUAAAAUCAGGAGACAUUGUAAUAUAUGAUGAAAAUCAGUACUUUUACAUAGUAGACCGUGUGAAAGAGAUGUUAAAAUAUCAAGGAUGGCACGUACCACCAGCUUAUUUGGAGGGUAUCCUUGAAAGUCAUCCAUUAAUAAAGGAGGCUGUGGUUAUUGGGAUACCACAUGAACACGAUGGAGACCAUCCAAUGGCACUUAUAACUUUAUUCAAUAAAGACUCAUCUUUAAGUAAACAUGAUAUUGAAACAUUUCUAGAAGGAAAAAUUUCAGACAAACAAAAAUUACGAGGGGGGAUUAAGUUUGUUGAUGACAUACCAAGGACGUCAGUGGGGAAAAUAAAAAGAUUACAAAUAAAACAGAUGGUUUUGAACAACGAAAUUUAAUGGGUAUUACAAAUGAAUAUAAGACUGUAGUCCUGAAUCAGGUAAAUAAAAUACAUAUUUCGUAAGUUUAAUAUUUAUAUGCACUAGAAGUUUAAAUCAAGGUACUCCUUGUAAUAAAUUUGUCUGUAAAUUAUUUGUUUUAUUUAUCAAGUGUUUGUUCAAGUCUUUGAAAAAGUUGAAGCCCUAACCAUUCUUCCAAGAAUGUUUCACAGAUAUGUUCUAUUGGGUUAAGGUCUGGACUGCGAGCUGGUUGUAG